AGAGGGGACUUUCAACUGGAAUAAAAGCCAGAACAGGAGGCUGUUAUGAUGGAGAGCCGAGCGGCUGCAUGCCACACACCGGACCGAUCCCUCCCUGAGCGCGCACGGUGCGGGGCCGCCGCCGGGAUGAGUCCGGUGUCCCCUCUGUGAGCUCUCCUCUGCGCACUCGAUCCUCCGCCCGGUUGUGAUGGAGGCGGAGAGCGGCCACCGGCCGCUGCUCGGGCUGCUUCUCCUGCUCGGGCCGAUGGCCCUUUACAGCUCCGCCAUCGAGACGGUGAACGUGGUGGACUUCUGUGGCCAGACGAUCCGUGGCGACGGCAUGAUAGUCAACUCGCACCAGGAAUCAAAGAAGUACUACUUUGUGACCAUGGCCACGGACUGCCACCUCACCAUGCAGGCCAGCUCCCCUAAGGACAAGGUCCAGUUCCAUUUCCGCUUCUUCCUAGUCUACAGUCUACUCCGAGUGGCCCCUCUAAGCCCAGCCCCUCUCCUUCCUGAGUCCCCUCGUGGCUCUGCACCUUUCAACCCCAGACUGGAGCCCACAUCUGGGGAAAGCUCGGGGGACCCAUGCCACGCCGGCUCAUAUGUUCAAUUCUAUGAUGGAUGGGACAAGAACUCGCCUCCCCUCGGGCCUCCACUUUGUGGGAAGAGCCCGCCCCGGCCAGUGUUGUCCACAGGGAUCUACCUGACCCUGAGGCUGGUGACACGGGGAACUCAGCCCAGAGUGGACUUUGUUGGGGACUUCACGUCCUUCAGACUGGGUUUCAACCAAUCAGAGUGCAGCAAUGAACCUUAUUUCACCUGCAGAAAUGGAAAGUGUAUCCCACUUAGUCUGGUGUGUGACGAUAAAGGCAUUGACAACUGUGGGGAUGGAAGUGACCUGGAGGAAAACCUAACAACAGGUUGUAAAGCGGGUCAGCUUUUACCACCUGAACCUCCCCCGCCAAUAGAAACCCCAUCUCCACCUUUACUGAAUGCACCCACAGUGCCGAUUCCUACUCAUCACAGCUGUGGUGUGCCAGUCAGCGCUCCCAGUCAUGAGUCUGUAACAGACUCCCCUGCCUCCCUGUCCCUGCUGGCUCUCUACACCAUCCUGGGUGUGGUGGCAGGCGGCGUGGUGCUCUGCUGGUGCUGCUGGUCACCCGGCUGGUUCCUUUGGCGUGUCAGCUUUUGCCGCUUCUUGCCCUGCUGCAACUCGGCCUGCGCCUCCUGCCAGCUCUGCGCCCGCAGCUGCACCACUAGCAAGGAGCACCGACUGGCAAAAGUCACCCCACACACACCACCCAACGGGGACCCGACAGGCAUGGUGGCCACUGGCCUUGGUGCCAAUGACCGCGUCACCACGCCAGCUGUUUAGUGCAGGAUGAGGGUCGGCUCGAUCCCUUUUCCCAUUGUGAGACAUUUGGUAAACAGUGUACAGAUACUAAAGAUAGUUACUACAUUAUGCAGCUUGACAGGACCAAGUCUCUCCUGAUGAUGAUGCAGGUGUGCCUAUGUUGUUAUGAGAAGGUGAAGCAGGGUAAUGUAUGACUAUGAAUUGUGUAAAAAAGACUUCAUUUCAAAAAUGUUUUUGUUUACAUCACAUUAUGCCCAAGUUGUCUGUCCGGUUUUCAGAAGAAACAAUGAAAACUUUUCAUUUAUUAGUUAUAGUUUGUCUGUAUAUAAAAGUUAUUUUUUUGCUUUACCUUAAAGGAAAGACAGUGAAACCACACUUCCAGUCUACACAUUUGACCCAGAGUUAGCCACGGACACAUGCUGAAGAAACCCCCCACCGGGUGACAACAGCUGUUCUCCCCUGGUGAAAUUCCUCCAAACUUUCCACUCUUAUCCCUGCAGUCCGCUGUUGUUCCACAUAGAAGCCAAAGUAGCUUUUGGACCAUAGAACAAAAAGUAACCCCAUGUAUAGCCGUCAACGGUUUGUGGGGAGGAACAUCUAACUAUUUAAAAAUAAAUGUAUAAUAAAUUACAACAAAAGCUUAUGCUUAUUCAAGAGCUAAAACCGAUCAACUUUUUUCAGCUCAAGUACAUGGAUCGGUUCUUGUGGUGGGCAAAGGAAACAAAUAAAAAUUAUAACCAAAAUUAUUUUUGAAAGCAAGGUGUGGAGUUCAAUCAAAAUACAUUUAAACUCAAAUGAUGAAGAUAAAAGAUAAAAUGUGAACUUUUUUCCAUUUUUCCUACAGUGUUUGUGAUAGUGUGAUCAUGUAUCUACCAUCAUGCUGGGCUACAGUUGUCGUCUCCCAAACUCUUAAAGUCUUAGCUGUAUCUCAGCCUGGUGGGUUUCUAUCAAUGUGAAGCUAAUCAGGAUUAGUAAGCUGACAAGCAAUGUACUAGAUCAAGCCUGUUUUUCUGUGUGUGGUUAUUUGUUCAGCCGUGCUAGUGGCAUGUUGUUAUAUUCAGUUGGUCCAACACUUUGAUCCAGACCGAAACAUAUCAACUAUUGGACGGAAUGCAACAUUUUGUACAUGCUGUCACUCACCUAGGAGCACAGGGGAGUUUCAGUUUCUCAUAUCUCACAUAAACCCAACAAGUUUCCUGUAUUGUGUUUGUGUCCAACCAAUCAUGAGCUACUGACAGCCACCCGGCUGGUUUAGGUGUGAGGGAGAUGAGGCAGAGAGGAAACUGUUGGUUCCAAGCAGCAAUGAUGGCUCCGUUAGAGAUUAGUGUGAAAACUACAGCAGCAUCAGUCAUAUCAGAACAGGAGACUAUUUUAUUUUAGAAAGAAGUAUAAAGAACACUUUCUUGGGACUUGCUUUACCUCUGAGUGGCUUUACAAAGAUUGUUUUUUGACAACUUGUUCAUCCAUCACCUGCCAUGGAUUCAAACAUGGGCAUUAUGCUACCGUCAUGCUUCAGUCUCCACUAAUGUGGUGUUAAAAUAAAUAUCCCUUCAUUUGAA